AUGGAUGAGGAAGCAGUGCGAACAGCUUUCCGCCGCCUGGCAAAGGUCUAUCAUCCUGAUGUGCCGCAGACUGGCGACAUCACAAAAUUCCAGGAGCUGCAGACAGCAGCGCAGCAGCUCAUAACAGGAAAGGCUCCAGGCGCAGCCUGGAAUGCCAACUCUCUAGAGACCCUUUUCACCGGAAGCUCCACCCACGUGUAUUCCUCCCCGGCGCAAAGGCCACCUUCUACAGCGCACCAGCCGCUACAGCAAGCUGAUUUCGCAAGUACGCGGAAUGGUCGAGUGGACAUCGCGUACUGCGUCAGCGCCCGUGACCCAAACCUGCGGAAAGCACCGAGGUUGGAUAGGAUAACUCACCAGGCUUUGCCAGAGACAUUGUCCCGAGUUCAGCGCGUGCUGACAGAGAUGUCGGGCACCACUGCGGAACCAUCGACGCCACUUCCGAUGGUCGGUUUCAUCCUGGAGGGGCCAACCCACAGCAUUGGUGAGCAGCAGGUUGCCAACAUCGGAAUGGCGCUGGAGAAGGAGUUUGGCAUCGAGCUUCUGACAAUCCUGGCUGGCACCUGGAUUAACUUCCCGAUGCCAGUGGAGCUUCAGACUGUCAAGGACUUGGCAGACUACAUCGCUGCUAGCCUGACUUUGGCAAAGCAUUGUAAUUUCAUUUGA